GGGGACCACGCAGAGGGGGCCCGCCACGCUGGGGGUCGGUCCUUCCUCCUCCUCGUCCUCCGGGCGCGUCUCUCCGGCUCGCUGCGGUUCCUCUCCCCAUCUCGCCUGCUGGCGCCCUGGGUUCGCGCCCCGCGAUCUGCCGGAUCUCCCUCCUCCCGCGGCUCGAUCCCCCGAGGAUGUGAUCGGCGCCUCUCGGGCGCGGGGAGGGACCAUCAGCCGCGUCUCCCCCCAGCAGAAGGAGUGGCAAGUUUCCAGUGUCCAAAAGAGCAUCUAUCCUCAUGAGCAUCUGUUCUAAUGCAGCCAAUGGUCAUGCAGGGAUGCUCUUUCACCCUCCCAAGAUGUCAUGAGUGGCAUGCUACAGGCCAACCACGUCGCAACAGCACCUCCCACACACUAUCUCAGGUUAAAACAUCCCAGGAUGGCUCCGUGCCGGCCUGUGUGAGCCAGCAGCCUCCAAAUGGUGCCGUUGGGCUGCAGAUGCCUCUGGAGAUGAAUCUGUGCUGGAAUGAGAUUAAAAAGAAGUCUCAAAGCCUUCGGGCUCGUCUGGAGGCCUUCUCCGACCACAGUGGCAAGCUGCAGAUCCCCUUGCAGGAGAUCAUUGACUGGCUCAGCCAGAAAGAUGAGGAGCUCUCAGCUCAGCUUCCACUCCAGGGGGAUGUCGCCCUGGUGCAGCAGGAAAAGGAGAGGCAUGCGGCAUUCAUGGAAGAAGUGAAGUCUCGGGGCCCAUAUAUUUACUCUGUCCUGGAAUCGGCUCAGGCAUUCCUCACUCAGCACCCAUUUGAAGAAGUGGAGGAAUCCAAUCCCAACAAUAAAGAUGUCUCCCCAAGACACCGCAUCCAGAAUGUCAGCCGUUUUGUGUGGAAGCAGGCGACUGUUGCCAGCGAGCUGUGGGAGAAGCUCACCGCCCGCUGCGUCGACCAGCAUCGCCACAUUGAACGGACCCUGGAGCAGCUGCUGGAGAUCAAGGGCGCCAUGGAAGAGCUCAGCAUCACCCUUGACCAAGCAGAGAGCAUGCGAGAGACAUGGGAACCCAUUGGUGACCUCUUCAUUGACUCGUUGCCAGAACACAUCCAAAACACCAAGUUGUUUCAAGAGGAGCUCUCCCCUAUGAAAGAUGGAGUGAAGCUUGUGAAUGACCUGGCUCAUCAGCUUGCUAUCUCAGAUGUCCACUUGUCCAUGGAGAAUUCUCGUGCCCUGGAACAGAUCAACACCCGCUGGAAACAGCUACAGGUUUCUGUCAAUGACCGGCUGAAGCACCUCCAGGAUGCCCACCGAGACUUUGGGCCAGGAUCACAACACUUUCUCUCAACCUCAGUCCAGGUCCCCUGGGAAAGAGCAAUUUCUCCCAAUAAAGUCCCAUACUACAUCAACCACCAAGCACAGACAACAUGCUGGGACCAUCCCAAGAUGACAGAACUGUACCAAACGCUAGCGGAUCUGAACAACAUCAAGUUCUCUGCUUAUCGCACAGCCAUGAAGUUGCGUCGUGUGCAGAAAGCUCUGAGAUUGGACAUGGUGACCCUCCCAACCGCCUUAGAGGUCUUCAUGGAACACGAGCUGCAGUCCAGCGACCAUGUGAUGGAUGUGGUUGAGGUGAUCCACUGCCUGACUGCCCUCUACGAGCGGCUGGAGGAGGAGAGAGGCAUCCUUGUGAACGUUCCUCUCUGUGUGGAUAUGACCCUCAACUGGCUACUCAAUGUUUUUGACAGCGGACGCAGUGGGAAGAUGCGGGCGCUCUCCUUCAAGACAGGCAUAGCAUGUCUGUGUGGCACGGAGGUGAAGGAAAAAUUCCACUAUCUUUUCGGCCAAAUGGCAAAUGGCAGUGGACUAUGUGAUCAGCGGCAUCUCGGUCUCCUGCUCUAUGAAGCCAUUCAAGUUCCACGGCAGCUGGGAGAGGUGGCAGCCUUUGGUGGAAGUAACGUGGAGCCCAGUGUCCGCAGCUGCUUCCGCUUUAGUAAUGGAAAACCAGCAAUUGAGGCUGCCCAGUUCCUAGAGUGGGCUAACCUUGAGCCACAGUCAAUGGUGUGGCUGGCUGUUCUGCACCGAGUGACCAUCGCUGAGCAAGUGAAACACCAGACCAAGUGCUCUGUUUGCCGGCAAUGCCCGAUCAAAGGCUUCAGAUACCGAAGCCUAAAACAAUUCAAUGUGGACAUCUGUCAGACCUGUUUCUUGACGGGACGAGCCAGUAAAGGCAACAAGCUGCAUUAUCCCAUUAUGGAGUACUACACGAUGACCACUUCUAGUGAGAACAUGAGAGACUUUGCCACCACUCUGAAAAACAAGUUCCGGACAAAGCAGUAUUUCAGCAAACAUCCCCAAAGAGGCUACCUGCCAGUCCAAUCUGUGCUGGAGGCAGACUUCAUUGAAACGCCUGCUUCCUCUCCAAUGCUGCCUCAUGCUGACACCCACUCUCGGAUUGAGCAUUUUGCUAGCAGGCUUGCUGAAAUGGAAAGCCAGAAUUCCUCUUUUUACAAUGACAGCCUUUCUCCGGAUGACAGCUUGGAUGAAGACCAGUACCUUCUGCGCCAUUCCAGCCCCAUCACGGACAGAGAACCUGUCUGCAGCCAGCAGGCCCAAGACGGCUCCAAGACAGACGAUAAGGGCGAACUGGAGAGAAUCCUGGCCCACCUGGAGGAUGAAAACAGGGUUCUCCAGGGAGAACUGAAGCGUCUCAAAUGGCAGCACGAGGAGGCAGCAGAGUCGGCAGAAGGAGCGCCAGAAUCGGCACAGGAUCCACACAACGAAGAGCUACUGGCAGAGGCUCGGAUCCUUCGACAGCACAAGAGUCGCCUGGAGACCCGGAUGCAAAUCUUGGAAGACCACAACAAGCAGCUGGAGUCUCAGUUGCAGCGCUUGAGGGAGCUGCUUCUUCAGACACCAGAUUCCAAAGGAGAUGGUUCUGCUGCCUCAUCCUUGGCAUCUUCUCCCCACCCAUCCGAGGAGACUCAGCCCACAGAAAAAGACCCCAGCACUCCAAACACAGAAACAGCAGAUGAGGUGGAGGUGAGUACUCAGGAUGUCAGCCUGUGUCUGGAGGAUAUCAUGGAGAAGCUGCGGAACGCUUUCCCUAGCUCUGGAGGUCAAAGACCACACCUUCUGGCCUUCCUGAAGAAGUAUUUCAAGUUCUCCUAGAUGCUUUUUAAGCUCUGAAAAUGAGCAGCAGCUGGUCCUACCUCACUAAUCUAAAACCUUCUACAAGCAAGGAGAGGCUUUGUUUAACUGGUUUCUUGAUAACCACCCCUCUCCUCUGACCUCCACCCUAUCCCCUGCGGUAGGCUUCACUUGGAUCCUUAAGGGGGCACCUUCUGCAGAACGUCACUGGGAUCCCCACAGACUACAGCUCUCAGGAGUGUACUUCCUUGUUUGAAGGGAAGACCUGAAAUGCUGAAGGUUCCAUCAAGAGGACACAGGCCUGAGAUCAAGAAACUGUGAAAGGAGAAAGUGAAGAGCACGCAAAGGGGCCUUCCUGCACAACCACAAGCUGACAGGAAUAGCAUUUUUCUCCCUACAGUCUGUGAACUUUUGUGUGGCCAAUUUGGGUUGAAUCAAGAAAUGCAUCUUGAUGGAUGUUGUCCAAGUGAAUGGCCCGUAGGCUUCCCCAGGGGGGCCAUUUUAACAGAAGGGGAAAGGGUCUCAAGGUGACUAACAGCUAUGAAUCUUUAAAAGCAUCGACAACAUUUUUUAAACAUAAAAGGCAGACAAUUCUGCGUGGGGUUGGGUAUAUUGUGAAAGAAACCGAGAAGGGAUUGGGUUAUCUACUGUUAUCUACUGAAUUCAUUAGGAUGUGGGGAAGCCACCCAGACCAAAACUUGUGAGAACAGAAAACAAAGGGAGAGGACAGGUUUCAAAUGGCAGUAGCAACCUCACAGGACAGAAGCUUUUAUAACAAGAGAGCCUUAUUGUAUUAAUUUGCAUAUUUAUAAAUACAUAUAUAAUAUAUAUAUAAAUACAUAUUAUACAUACUGUAUUUAAGUGCUGUCUUGGACUCCCUCUUGCAUUAAAUUCUAAUUCCUUGUUAUGUGUUUAUCUCUGCCUCACAGUUUUAGUUUGUUCCAAACUCUUGUUUUUGUUAAUGAGAGGUGACGUGACGUCCCCUCUCUGUUAUCUGCCCUGGCAGAUAUUUCAAAGAAGAUGGAUUUUUUUUGUGCUCCCUUUUGGAGUUGGAAUUAUCUCUGUCAAAGGGACAUUGGGAGAACGAAGAGAAUUUGGAGCUUGACCAUUGUAUUCCUGUAGAGUUUGUUUAUAUUGGGCGGUGUGGGGUGUAAUCCCCCCACCAGUGGUUUGGUUCCUGGGUGAGAAAUGUGAGAAGUAUACGAGCAAUGGUUAUGCACAUCUGCCUCAGCAUUGCUAACUGAUGGGCUAAGGUGAUAGUUCAAGAGGAGAGCACACUCUUUGCCUGAUGAAGUCCCAGCGGCAUUUCCAGUUCAAAGGAUCCCAGGUGGCAGGUGUUGGGAAGACCUUUCCAUAGCUGAAGACCACAAACUGAGCCAAGCAAUCAAUCACCAACCUUGUUACAAGGCCAGUUCAUAUGGUGUUUGUAUAAAUUGCCAUCAGUCGCAGCGUACUUUUGGUGACCCAUGGAGUUUUCAAGGUGAGAGAGGAACUGAGGUGGUUUUGCCAAUGCCUGCCUCGGUGCUAUGAGGUUGGACUUCCUUGGCAGCCUCCCAUCCAAGUACUACCCCUGCUUAGAGUCCGAGAUCUGAUGAGGUCAGGCUAGCCUGGGUCAUCAAGAUCAGGGCCAUAUUUAUAUACCAAGGUAUUUAUUAAACUGGUUAAGUGAUAACUGAAGAAAACACACUAAGGAAUUUUCAGCUCCGAGGCCAUGGAAGCACAGAGCCCUUGUUUAGAGAUCCAUCAGGUACAGUGUCUUGCCUUCUCCUUUGAUGGAAAACAAGCACUCCCGUUGCCAUGAGGCAAGCUGCAGCUGCCCAGUAAUGCUGAAUGGGAAACUGCAUCUCUCAGUGGGCCUUCAGUUAGGCUGAACUUCCAUUUCAGCCAGCUUGGUUGCACUGGAAUAAUUAAACAUGGAUUGAGCUUGGAUUAAAUCAGCAACUGGUGCAACUGAACUGUUAUGGCUGAAGCAGCUCUGUCUUGCAGUCAAUACAGCCAUCAAUUACAUGGACAACUGGGUGGAAACACUGUCUCCCCCAUUUCCCUAACUGAGAAAGGAAGGAAGGUGGAACAUAGGGGACUCUGUGGCUUAGAGCAAGGCCAUCAGAAUUGCCCAUCUUUAUAGCUGCGGCAGCGGCACUGAAUUUGGGCACAACAAUAUUGUACUGGAUCAGUGGGGAGUUGUGAUGCAAUUAGGAUGCGCCAUCGCCUCCACUCUACCUAGGACGUAAGCCACUGUGCUGGCCAACAGUGAGAGGCCAGGACCCUAUCCCCCUUCUCCCUUUCUAUCCUACUCCUCUGGUUCUCAUAAUAGAAGCAAAGGCUGAAUUUGAAGGUUGUGGGCUGGUUAUUCUAGGUGUGGCAUAUCAGAAAACCGUGUGCAGGACAUCCUCUCUUUUUUGAAUGGUUGCCUUGCCCAAACCAGAAGGAGAAGUUGGCCAGAGAUUAAGUGCUUCUUUUCAUAAUCAGAAGAGUGUCAUUGACAGCUGGAUCCACUGGUGAUCAUCUGGGGGGCAGAUUCAGCCUAUAGGACAGCCAUUUACCAACUAGCAGUUAAACCCAGCAGUGCUUGACUUCCGAUGUGCUUGAAAAGGUGCUUGACUUCCGAUGGAAUGGAAUAACAGAGUUCAUCUAAACAUAUAUCCUAGGACCAGAGCACAGUUUUCUCGCAUGAAGUGGUUGCAGUUUUAAACUGAAAGAACUGGAAGGCUCUCGGCUAGCUGUUUGUGCUCCAAUAGGCCCCGUGUUACCCAUAAUCUACAGCUACUAUUGGAAGGAAAACAAACAUAGACAUAGACGCUCAUAUCUGCUUGUACUGUAAUUAGUGUUCAGGCACCAGAUUAACUCGUGUGGAUCAAUUGUACGAUUGGUGGCAUGGAGUUGUAUCUUGUGCCACACACCUCCUGUUUAAAUGGAAACCAGACGUUAUACUUCUUUCCUUUCUUGUCAAGAGAGAAAUUAUUUACCAGGUAGAUGUGGUCUAAUGAACUCAGGAUUUCCCCUUAAGUUUGAUGGUGAAGAUCAAGUCAACCAGAUCCACCAUUCUGGGUCCUUCAAAGUUGGCAUCCUGGAGAAGUUCUCUUUUGAGGAAAUGUAUGAUUGACUUUAACAGAAAGGGCACUAGGACUGUUGAAUCAUUCUUGGUUGGUGAGCUAUACCUUGGCAUUUCUUGUUGUGGACUAAAAGUUUCCCAGUCAUGGAUAACACUGCAAUAUGGUAUGGUAGACAGUAAUACAUGCCAUGAAGCAAACUUGAAAAAAAGAUGGGCUGUAUAAUUUGCCUUGAUCUCAAGUGAGUUGGAGGCUCUGCAUAUGGUUGAUUUGUAAUCAUGUUUGUCAUGGGCUCUGUGAGCAUUCUGUGUGGCGAAGAAACACCUGAAAAUUUUUUAAAAGGCUAUUGUGAGCCUGAGGCCUGCCUCUGCUGGAGACAUCCAGCACUGCAAAAUUAAAGAUGAUCCCAUAAAAAUGCAAGUUAUUUAGCCUCAGUUCAGAGUUGAUGUUGUGGGUUGUGAAAACAGCUUGCCAGUUCUCCCCGUAGCAUUGUGGAUUGUCAGGAAUGUUCCAUGUGUUGAAGGCAUCGUAGGUUGCAAAGGUUGUCAUUGCAUGUUGUGUUACAAAUUGUGUGUGGGUUGCAUUACUAGAUUGUGGCAGCAUGUUGUCUGUUGAGCAUUGGGGGGGGGGUUCAAGUAGGGGGAAAUAGUGGAAUGAGAUUAUUUCUGAAGAUUUUAAUGAUUAUUUUUAAAGACCAUCUGGAUUGCUGGCCCCGUAAACUACUCUGCCUGAGGCUGAGAAAGAACAUUCUCUUAAAAUAUAUAGUUGUAGUGGAUCAUUAGCUUGUGCCAAGAAUGUUCUGUGUGGGCACAGAUCAAGUUCUUCCUGCUAGGCGCACGCUUUGUUGAGCUUGAAUGUGGAGCCUUGAACAGACCCUGUGGAAAUAUCCACAGUGGCUGUUUUUUAUUUUAUUCAUUCCAACCUUGAGGCCUCUUAGCUUUGGAUCCUGAUUAAAUUUCAGGCAAGUAGAACAAUUCACCGUGUACUCCAUGGCUGUACAAGAUGGAUUGCUCAGAGGACGAAACGUGCUGCCUCUUUUUCACUUCUUCAGUAACGUGGAAAAAGUGACCUUGAGCACUUUCUCCAAGGCUAGAAGUGUGGACCAUGGGAAGAUCAGGAGGAAAACGUCAAGGGACAUGAAAUGGGGGUAUAACUGGGAUCAAGACAGGUUAGCCCCACAAGACCAGAAUACAGAUCAACAACAAAUCCACACUCAGAAUGUCUAGAUGCAUUGAAGGCAAAGUGCUUAACCUUUCGUUCCAUGCAGGCACUGGAAAAGCAGCACCUAGUGAAAUUCUCUCUUCUAAAGUUAGAAGAAUCUGUAAUGUGUCUGGCAAUCCCUAUUCUUUAAAUUAAUGGCUUUCCCCUAUAGUAUCCUGGGAAAUAUGGUACUAUGAGAGCCGUAAGAAUUCCUUCUUGCUGCUCCCAGAUUCCUUGCAGAACUACAGCCCUUCCACAUUCCAGGGGCACAAGCUAUGACAGUUAAAUAGAUCUGAAAAUGAUUUAAUUUUGUAGCAUGGACCUGUCUACAUUUGUUUCAUAGAAAGAUGGUAGUAGGGUUGUAUAUUCCUCCAGCACAGAACAAAGCAUGCUGGACCUUCUUUGUUGCUCCGCCUUCGUCCUACAGCCUACCUAGCCCUGCUCCCCCCAUCUGUUUGAAAGUAAAAAUACAUUUUGGUAUAAAUGCUCAUAUAUCAAAAUAUUAUGUUCAAUAAUGCACAAAAUAAUGGUUUUGACAAAGAUAGUGUGUGAAAAUGAAUAAUUCUCAUAUUCGUUCAGAACUAUAGUUGAAUGUGGAAGCAUACAACUUUCUCGACUGCUGCAUCUCAACUAACCCAAUUAUUACUUUUCUGUGGAACACAGUAUAGUAUUUUUAAGAGGCUGGGCAUCAACCUUCCCUUUUUGCUAUGAUGGCUUGUCCCCAAGCCAAAUGCCACAGAGAUUUGGUUUACCCUAGUGACAAGAAUUCAACUUUCAGCCUAGGGGAGUUCUGGAACUUCCAUCACCUGCUGAAAAGGUUGCAUAAUGGCAGUGUUGUGACAAAACACAUUAGGAAGCAACGUGGUUUUAUUGUGAUCUCUUUCUUCCAUGGUACGGAUUGCAGAAUUGUCUAUUAUUCAUUGUUAUUGUCAUAUGAAAACUUAAAAUGAGCAUUUCUACUGAAUAGCUUCCAAAGGUUAGCAAAUCAGCAACCACACCAAUGCUAUAGUAAAACCAAUAAUUCAAAGCACAAGUAUUUUGCCUCCCACCCCUUCCAAAAUUUAGAGAAACUACAAUAUGUUGUUGAGCUGUGAGUGUCGCUUUUUAAAAUAUGUACAAGUCUAUUUUCAUGUUAGUAAAUAAUGGCAGAAAUUGUUGUGGUAAAUGACAACUGUUUUUAAAAAGAAUGUCAUAGAGUCUGCUGGUUUCCUAGCCUCACAGCCAUAUGGACCCAGUAGUAAAUUUCCACUGCUAGAAGGGGGAGUACUUGUAGAUUCUUCCUUUCCACUGCAGACCGCCCCACCCACCCCGGACCCAUUAUUCCUUUGUGUAGAGUCUGUCUCAGACGCAGCAUUUCAUGCUACAGUGGAAAGGGGGGGGGGAUUCCAUUCCAUUGGAAAAAAACCCUGACAUCAGCAAAGAUUACCACCAGAUCCAACCCACUAUGAGGCUUUAGAACCCUUCAAAUUCUCUUGAGCGGCAUCUUCCCAUUUCAGAUGCCGAAUGAUCUUUCUUCCUUGGCAACUCCUCCAAGACUCCAGCAGCCAAGAACUAGGGCUGAACUUGGUUGCGUAAAAACCUGCAAUUACUUCUACACUGGAAGAGGUUGUCUGAGACAUGAAUGAGUGAUAAGUUAGUUUAUUCAAAGGCUGGGAAGAAAAUUAAUUAUAACUGGCUAUAAUGUGGUGUCCUCGCUCAAAUCGUUCUGUCUCUGCUCUGGAAAAAAAAACCCCAAUAAAUUUGUUUUUAUAUUGCA